AUGCCUCCACCACCAAAGCGCAAGUGGCCCCGCGGCAGAGGCGGCGGCGGCGGCGAUCGCACCAACGGCGCUGCUACACAGGGAGGGCCCACGAAUCCUCGCUCAACUAUAGCACAGCAGCCGAAACGCCCCAAGAUGGAAGAUGCGCAGCCGAAGCCAGAGGGCGGCGUUGAUGUGCGGCAAAUGUACAGCACAGCAGCUGGAGAUGCACAGCCAAAGCCCUUCUCCGAACUCAAGGAUAAACUGAACAAAGGCCUCCUUGAUGGUUUGGACAAGAUGGGAUUCGAAUUCAUGUCUCCAGUCCAACAACAGGUGCUGACCCAGCUGCCUUCCCUGUCAUCCGACUGCGUCGUUCAGGCAAAGACGGGUACGGGCAAGACCGUAGCCUUUCUGCUACCCGCUAUCCAGAACCUUCUAGCUGGCAACAUGCCCCCGAAAGGCAAGGUCGCUAUACUCGUCAUCUGUCCCACUCGUGAGCUGGCACUACAAAUCUCCAAAGAAUGCAAUGGCCUCACGACGUGUCUACCCCAGAAAAUGGAGUGUCACACUGCCUUUGGAGGCACUUCGCGUGCAUCGAACCUCAACGCCUUCAUGAAAGGCAACCCCACCGUUCUCGUCGCUACCCCGGGACGACUUGAUGAUAUCUUGGGCGAAGAAGAAGUUCGUGAUAAAUUCAGUCAUCUGAAGACGGUGGUGCUUGACGAAGCGGAUCAAAUGCUUGAUGCUGGAUUUGCUCCCGCGGUCAAGAAGAUUCUACGUCGCAUUCCCCCCAAGAAUGACGGCUGGCAGGGAAUGUGCUUCUCCGCUACACUCCCUAAGGAAGUUUUGGAUAUCGCCAAGAUCGUUCUGUUCCCCGGUUUCACCCAUCUUUCCACGGUCGACCCGAACGAAGUACCAACGCACGAGCGAGUGCCGCAGUUCUCCUUCUCUGUACCCACUGUAGGCCAAACCUUCCCCGCGCUCUCGGCAUUGAUAGAGGAGGAAUACAACCAAAGCCCCACCGACUUCAAGGCCAUUGUGUUCGGUACCACGGCUAAUGGCGUCGGAUUACUCUACGACUUAUACCGACACGCUUUGCCUCAAUUCCGCCUGUUCGAGCUACACAGCCGCAUGUCUCAACCUGCUCGGACGCGUACCACGAAAGACUUCAAGGAAGCGUCUAGUGGUAUACUGUUCGCCUCCGAUGUUGUCGGCCGUGGCAUGGAUUUCCCCAAUGUCGGCCUCGUUAUUCAAGUGGGUCUACCAUCAAGCACCGACCAAUACGUUCACCGAGUCGGUCGGACUGCUCGUGCCGGCAAGGAUGGCCGGGCUGUGCUUCUUCUCUUCCAGCAAGAAUCCUUCUUCCCAAGAAUCAAUAAAACACUGCCCAUCAAGCCUUACACCGUCGAUAUUGUAUCACGCCUAGCUCCUCAUCAGGCCACCAUCGACCGUGCGUUCGCCAACGUUGAUGAGGCAUCCAAGUCAAAAGCAUACCAAGCCUUCCUUGGAUACAACAAGACUUUCGUGAAGAAGCUACAAAUUUCGACCGCUGAUUUGGUUCGCUUGGCGAACGACUAUGCACGCAGUAUGGGGUGCCCAGAGCCGCCUAUGCUCGAGAAAUCGACGGUAGGCAAGAUGGGCUUGAAGGGAGUGCCUGGUCUCCGAAUUGGGUCGCGACGGGACUAG